UGAACAUCACAAAUCUUUAUUCAUCAAUCACAGCAGGGAGUACUACAUUUAGCUGGUAAAAAACACAAAUGGCUAGAGUUCCUAAAAACCACCGGAUCUUGACGUGCGACGGCCGGGAAUCUGAGUUUUCCGGCGAAACUGCCAUUAAUCUAUCCGACGAUACAGUGUUCCAGUUCCUCAGCGAAGAAUGCGAGGUGUUGAGUAGCUGUUUUGACGAUUAUGCAGAUGACGACGAGAAAGAAAAUCAAAACGAAGAUGAAAUUCCAGUCGCUGAAGACGACAGUUUUUGGGAAACUCAACAUCAAUUAUUGCAAUCCACGAUAUGCAGAACGAGUUCUCUGGAAUCUAGAAUCCGAAAUAUCACCAAAGAAGCAGUAAAAGAGGCCGGCGGCGUUUGCGGAUGCGGAAGAGCCGUCGACUGUUGCCGGAAAUGUCUAAUGGCGGAUAUGUGCCGCCGCCUCCAGAUCGCAGGGUUUAACAGUGCAAUAUGCAAGUCCAAAUGGAUGAGCUCACCCGAUAUUCCUUCAGGGGAACACACGUUCUUGGAUGUAAUCGAUGGAUCGAAUCCGAAGAAGGAAGUGAGGGUGGUGAUCGAGUUGAAUUUCCGAUCGCAAUUCGAGAUGGCACGAGCGAACGAAGAGUACAGCAAAGUGGUGAAGAAGCUGCCGGAGAUAUUCGUGGGGAAGAUGGAGAGGCUGCUGGCGGUGCUGAAGAUCGUGUGCAGAGGCGCCAAGAGGUGCAUGAAGGAGAGGAAGAUGCACAUGGCGCCGUGGAGAAAGCAUCGCUACAUGCAGGCUAAGUGGCUCAGGACUUGCGAGCGCUUGGCAUCUCAGCAGACUUUUGCCUCGGCCUACUCCGCCCGCCCGCCCCGCUCCGGGAAGUCCUUGCUAGCGGUUGACUUGAUGAUGGAAAAUCUGCAUACACCGGUUGUUGCAGUCGUGUGAACUUCCCAACUUUUUUUUUGUGCCGCGAGAUUUGCAAAUUAGUAUAGUUGAGUCAUGAGUGAGGGUCACAAACGGUCCUGCUUCUGAGAAUUGAGUGCUUCUUUUUGUAUUUGCAGUACUUACUACUGGAAGGAAAUCAAUCAUGUA